UUGCUAGCUAUAUUAUUCAUAGUAGCGAUUAUUUUCAUUCUGGCUCAUUGCGUCAUCAACAUUCUAAUUCCGUGGUUUAAAGAACACCGAAAAAUGUCAGAAGCCGUGAAAGAUGUGGGAUGCGCAAAAAGGCAUUGGUUUUUCGGCCACAUUCGUAAACUUACUCCGAAUGAAGCAGGUAUGCGCCGAAUGGUGAAAUGGAUGAAAAAAUUCCCAAAAGUUACUCUGAAUUGGUUUGGACCAUUUACUUUCGUUCUUUCAACGUACCACCCUGAUAUCAUAAAACCAGUAUUGGGCAGUGACACUCCUAAAGAUAAUGUAUCUUAUCGUUUUAUGAGGCCUUGGAUUGGUGAUGGAUUAUUAACAAGUUAUGGCGACAAGUGGAAACGAAAUCGUCGUCUGCUCACCCCGGCAUUUCAUUUUGAUAUUUUGAAACGGUAUCUUGUGUGUUUUAACGAUUCUGUUGCCGAGCUUAUUAAAAAAUGGUCAACUUCAAGUGAAAAUUGUGUGAGUGUAGAAUUGUUCACCGAUAUCAGUGCAAUGACGUUAGACAAUUUGCUACAAUGUAUUCUAUCCAAAAAAUCUGGAUGUCAAAGCGGAAAAAGCAUGGAAUAUCUUAACGCUAUAAAAUGCAUAACAGAGGGCGUUGUUGGCCGACUUCGAAACCCAUUAUACCAUUUCGAUUUAAUUUUCUACUUAUCGCCAGCGGGGAAAAAGUUUAAAGAAGCUUGCAAAACUGUUCAUUCUUUUUCGAGUGCUGCAAUAAAUGAAAGAAAAUCUUCUUUGAAGCAUGGGAACGAAAGAGAUUCAACCGACGAUACUACGAAGUUGGAUUUUUUAGAUAUUAUGCUGCUAGCAAAAGAUGAUAAUGGAAUAGGUAUGUCACACCAAGAAAUAUGUGAUGAAGUUGAUACCUUCGUAUUUGAAGGGCAUGAUACAGUGUCAAGUGGAAUAUGUUGGAUAAUUUAUAAUUUGGCAACUAAUCCAGAACAUCAAGAAAUUUGUAGGAAUGAGGUAUUUGAAGUACUUGGUGAACAACAAAGAGUUAAGUAUGAAAACUUGUUUAAAUUCAAGUACCUCACGAUGUGUAUUAAAGAAAGCAUGAGACUUCAUCCACCAGUACCGUCGGUUGGUAGAAAAAUGAACAAACCAUUUUUCUUUUCUAAUGGAUUUGGACCUGACCAAUACAACACGAAUUCGUCUGAGAGUUCGGGACCGGAAUCUUCUAAGAUUAUUCACACUAACACACUCAUCGGGGUCUCCAUUUACAGACUACAUCGCAAUCCUUGCAUUUGGAGCAAUCCAGAGGUUUUUGAUCCUGAGAGAUUCACUCCAGAAAAUAGAUCUAAGCGAUCUUCUCAUGCAUAUGUGCCGUUUUCCGCAGGAUCACGAAAUUGCAUUGGACAAAAUUUUGCAAUGAAUGAAAUGAAAGUUACUCUUGCAUUAGCACUUCAAAGAUUUCGUUUCUCCCUGGAUGAAACCUACCCAAAACCAGCUGUCCAGCCACAGCUUGUCUUGCGAUCAACCACGGGUAUCCAUGUAAAGCUAGAAAAGUUGGAAUAAUCUAGAAGCGACAAAUGGACUACUUGAUAUAACAUGGCUUAGUAAGAUGAUAACGAUAAGAUGCUUUAGGCUUAUGACUAAUCGCUACAUCAACUCUGUACAUUUCAAAUCUUUCAAUCGUGUAAGAUGUAUAUUGAAGAUAUUUUGAUCAUACCCGUGAAAAAUUACCUCAUUCCAAUGAAAAGAUGAUAAUUUUCCUGUUUAUA